GAGGGACAUCCAGCUGCUCAAGGCCUACAUGAGGGCGAUCCGCAGCGUCAACCCCAACCUGCAGAACCUGGAGGAGACCAUCGAGUACAACGAGAUCCUGGAGUGGGUGAACUCCCUGCAGCCGGCGCGGGUGACGCGCUGGGGCGGCAUGAUCUCCACGCCGGACGCGGUGCUGCAGGCCGUCAUCAAGCGCUCGCUGGUGGAGAGCGGCUGCCCGGCGUCCAUCACCAACGAGCUGAUCGAGAACGCCCACGAGCGCAACUGGCCGCAGGGGCUGGCCACGCUGGAGACGCGCCAGAUGAACCGGCGCUACUACGAGAACUACGUGGCCAAACGCAUCCCCGGCAAGCAGGCCGUGGUGGUGAUGGCCUGCGAGAACCAGCACAUGGGCGAGGACAUGGUGCUGGAGCCGGGGCUCGUCAUGAUUUUCGCUCACGGAGUGGAGGAGAUCUGAGGAGAAUCCAGCUCGGGGUGGCAGGGGUUUCCUGGACUUUUAGGGUUUGUGAUUUUUGCUCACGGAGUGGAGGAGAUGUGAAAAAAAUCCACCUUGGGAUGGCAGGGGUUUCCUGGACUUGGGUUUGUGAUUUUCCCUCAUGGUGUGGAGGAGAUCUGAGAAAAAUCCAGCUCGGGGUGGCAGGGGUUUCCUGGACUUUUAGGGUUUGUGAUUUUCGCUCACGGAGUGGAGGAGAUCUGAAAAUUCCACCUUGGGAUGGCAGGGGUUUCCUGGACUUUUAGGGUUUGUGAUUUUCGCUCACGGAGUGGAGGAGAUGUGAAAAAAAUCCACCUUGGGAUGGCAGGGGUUUCCUGGACUUGGGUUUGUGAUUUUCCCUCAUGGUGUGGAGGAGAUCUGAGAAAAAUCCAGCUCGGGGUGGCAGGGGUUUCCUGGACUUUAAGGGUUUGUGAUUUUCGCUCAUGUCAUGGAGGAUAUCCAAAAAAAGUCCACCUUGGGGUGGCAGGGGUUUCCUGGACUUUUAGGGUUUGUGAUUUUCGCUCACGGAGUGGAGGAGAUGUGAAAAAAAUCCACCUUGGGAUGGCAGGGGUUUCCUGGACUUGGGUUUUUCCCUCAUGGCAUGGAGGAGAUCUGAGAAAAAUCCACCUAGGGACAGGAGGGCAGUUGGAUUUUUGGGGUUGUGGUUUUGGUUCAUGGCGUGGAGAUCUGAAAAAAUCCACCUCAGGACAGUGGGGGUUUCCUGGAGUUGGAUUUUUGGGGUUGUGAUUUUCACUCGUGGCGUGGAGAUCCAAAAAAAUCCACCUUAGGAUGUCAGGAUUUUCCUGGACUUGGGUUUUUCCCUCAUGGCGUGGAGGAGAUCUGAGAAAAAUCAACGGUUCCACCACCUCAGGAUGGUGGGGGUUUCCUGGACUUGGGUUUUUGGGGUUGCGAUUUUUGCUCAUGGAGACCCAAAAAAAUCCACCUCAGGCCAGUGGGGGUUUCCUGGACUCGGAUUUUUGAGGUUCUGAAAAAAAUCCACCUGAGGACAAUGGGGGUUUCCUGGACUCGGAUUUUUGGGGUUCCCCCCUUGACUGGACCCGUUAGGAACCCAGCUCGGCCGUUUCAAGGAGAGGGGGAGUGGGGGCUCCACGCACUGCCAGACCCCUCGGGGGUCCCCCAAAUCCCAGCCCUGCUGCCCAGCAAGCUCCAUCUCCUCGCCCCCUCCUCAAUUUCCACCUGGCCUGGUGUCCCCAAGUGUCACCAACCCUGGAGUGAGGGGUCCUUGCCUUGGGGACCCUCCUGUGCCCCUCACUUUGUGCAUGCCCCGUUCCCUGGCCCCGGGAGCAUCUCCCACCUCCUCCCAAUCCGUGUUUGGUUCUGCUUUCUCCACCCUUGGUGUUAUUUUUCCAGACACUCGUGAUUGUGGUUCUGUAUUUUUAUUUUUUUUUUGUACUUUAAUUUUUUUUUUUUGACCUUUUCUUAUUUUUACUCCCCCUUUUUAUUUGAUUUUCCAGGUACCCUGGGCGGGCACCUCUGGCCUGAGUCCGUGGGACUCGUUGGGAAUUUAAUUUAUUUGCAUUUAUUUUGUUUUUUUGUUUUUUUUUUUUACCAUUGUUUCUCCUCCGGUGUCGGUCCCGGCAGAUCCGGCGGGAGGCAGGGAUUGAAGUGAUCAAUAAACAGAAUUCUGGUUGCUUUA